AUGGUUCUCCAGGAUGAAAAUUUUGUCAGUAAAGAAGAGUUCCAGGCAGUGGAGAAGAAACUGGUGGAAGAGAAAGCUGCCCAUGCCAAGACCAAGGUCCUCCUGGCCAAGGAAGAGGAGAAGUUGCAGUUUGCCCUUGGGGAGGUAGAAGUGCUGUCCAAGCAGCUAGAGAAAGAGAAGCUGGCCUUCGAAAAAGCGCUCUCCACUGUCAAGAAUAAAGUCCUGCAGGAGUCUAGCAAGAAGGACCAACUCAUCACCAAGUGUAAUGAGAUUGAGUCUCACAUUAUAAAGCAAGAAGAUAUACUUAAUGGCAAAGAGAAUGAGAUUAAAGAGUUGCAGCAAGUUAUCAGCCAGCAGAAACAGAUCUUCAGGAAUCAUAUGUCUGACUUCCGGAUCCAGAAGCAGCAAGAGAACUACAUGGCCCAGGUGCUGGACCAGAAACAUAAGAGAGCUUCAGGAACACGGCAGUCCCGCAGCCACCAGCAUCUUAGGGAAAAAUAAAAUGCUGAUCAUCUUCCUGUUCUCUGGCUGUAA